CACCUUUACUGCAGCAUGCCCAGCUCGAAGACCUCCGUACCGACAUCAGAUGCGAGCCAUGGAGCAACUGAGGGAUCUCGAGCUUUGAAAGCACGUGAGCCCGAUCAUCAUGCGUGGCCAUUGUUUAACCGGCUGAGGUGUCGCAGCAGGCCACAGGCUAUCCGCCAUGCACCUCAUGUUUGUCAUGGUAUCGAUCUUAUGUACGCCGUUGGUCAUGCAUUAAUUUCGCUCUUGCUCGUUGUUGACUGCCUCGCAGUUGCGUAUGCUGGGCCCAGACCUAUUGGUAUUACAAACCUCCCAGACUCCGACUGCACCAAAGACCCCCUGACAUUGGAAACCAAUGCAACAGGCAGCGCGGCAACGGGAGAGCUGAGAGUCUGGGUGAAAGCUACAACGACAUUGGCUGAUUCGUGCGAAAUUCUUGUUUGGACACCUCACGAUACCGGACUUGUGCUUUCUUUCAUCGACAUGUACCUCCGACCACCUCACAUACCAGGAGCCUGCGUCGAUCAUUUGAUGCUGUUCGAGGCAACGAGAGGAUCAACUGUUCCGCUCAACCGCCUUUUUGGAACCUGUACCAUGGACACCGCCAGCGGCCUGUACUACACACAAACCGAGACUGACGUCAUGCUGCAUGUAAGGCUCACAGUCGGCGAGCGUGACAACCAGUCCAUUGUCGGCUAUCACUUACAUUACAGCACCUACCAAGCCACCAACGGAAGCUGCCCAUCGAAGGACCAAUUCCAAUGUAAAGACAUGCAUUGCAUAUGGAAGGGCCUGGUAUGCGACGACAUGCAGAACUGCCUCGAUAACUCGGAUGAGUUUCACUAUUCCUAUGCGAUGUGCAGACAGAAAUUGAACUAUGGCCUGGCGAUGCUGGGUUAUUUCGCAGCCAUCGCCGCCACGGUCCUGUUGCUUCUUACGGUCGACGCGCUGCUAAGAUUCUUGCUCUACAGCUGGAGAGUUCGAAGAAUGCAAUUUCGAAAUGGUCGGCCAUCUCGCAAAGCAGCAGAGAUCUUCCGCGGCAACGAAGAACCUACCCCAUUGCAGACACCCGGGACGCAAGUCCACCCACUAGACCGAGACCUCGCUCUGCUCGAAGAACGACAUAAAAGUAAUAUCCCCACCAAUGAAGGAAGUGACAGCAAGGAUGCUGCUCGCAAGCCCAUUCUGAAGCACGGCAGCAAUCAAGGCAGUCCUGCACAAAGCGCAGACAACACCGGCAACGAACAGAACGUGGUUGACAUAAGCAGCAGGGCAACAGCAACGGAGACUCAAAAACGUCCGACGUCAUCUGCAAGCAUCACUGCAAUAACAAGAGAGGAUGACGAGUUGGUAAUAAUCGGGCGAAGUACGGGCACUGCACAACCACCAUCAUCCUUGUUAGACGCUGCAAGUCAUCUUCUAGAAGAGACUGACACUGCUUUGCAGACUACGCGUGCUGAUUCGCCUACAAAAUCGAAGGACAAGACAGAGAAUAUGGAUAUCGAACGACCGGAGAGCGCGGGGUCGAUGAGUAUCUCUUUGCAGGAAAUGUGUCUAGUGGAAGAAAAUGCCGACAAAAUAACCAUUCCUGACAACGACACCACUGAUGAUGAGACGUCUGUACCUCAAAAGAAACGACGUUCAAAGUUUAAAAAAUUGCUCGGAAGACUACAUAGCCAGGGAAAGUGAAUAUGGGCGCGCAAAGAAAACACAAGGAACUGCGGGACACGGCAGAAGCUGUGAAGCCGUCCGUCUGAUCAAUUACGUCUUGGUUUGUGGUCAAAGGUGUCCAUAGCAAGAGCAUCGUGCACAGAGAAUGUGAAGGGUGGACUGGAAGUAAUCAUAGGUUACCAUAUAAUAAAAUAAGGAAAUAAACUGCA